AUGGAUAUUUCCAAGUCAUGGAGCAAGUGGCAGGGUUUGGCUGCACUAGCUGUUUACUCGGUUACCAUCAUCGCCCUCGACCGUGUCUACGUAGAAGGCAGUACGUGGAAGUCCGCCGUGGCUUGGUGGAAGAGGUAUCUAAAGCGCAGACGGGAUGAUCCUUGGAUGAACGCCAACACGAGCAACGAUAUCAUCUUCAAUAUGCUGGCCAAGGCGAUACCCGAGUCGCCAAACCAUGUGUCGGAUCAGGGCUAUGAGCUUCUUUGCAGCUACAGCUUUAAGUCGUACACCAAUACUCCUGCUAUCUACGUUCCUGGGACUCCGCCGAUGUUCACGAAGCCACCUGCCCCGUUGAAACUGGAGCCAGAUACAGGACGCUAUUAUAUCGAUCAACAUGUAGCCAAGGUACCGCGAUUCCAGUUCGAGCCACUCUUCCAGGCUCUUACUGUUAUGAUGCCAAGCAAGCGUUUCGACGACGUCGAUGUCCUCGUCGCUCGUGGAUCAAUGACCGCGCUCAUUGCAUACGUGAAGGAUGUAUCAUGCCAGCCAUUCGCACUUACUCUCCACGUUGUUGGCAACACUCUGAUCGUGGGGCGACGGCUUCGAUCUGGUAUGGCUGGCUCUACCAACGGAUCGUACGGGCGUAACUUUGAGGCUGCCUGGACGACGCAACUGGAACCAGAUCUUCAGGAUGCGGAAGGACAUCACCAUACCAUACAGUACGAUUUCGGUGGCCUCAACAUCGUGGUAAGAGCAGAGACGGACGCAUACAUGCCCGAUGAGCAGCCCUCCCGGGACGAAAUCGAAGAAAUGUUGGCAAAAUCCACAUCGCAUCCCGAGCCCGAAAUUGCGAACACUACCAUCGGACUCCAAAGCUCUGACUCGACCACCGUGCUUCUGGCAGGAAAGUCGAUCUCUCACAGCAAGACAAUGGAACUAAAGAGCAACAACCAGAGCAAGCCCCUCGAUCAGAUCUGGGUUGGUAGAACUUCGCGGUGGUCUCUUGGUACAAACAAGGAUGGUGUAUUCUCUUCAACCGAGAGGAUCUUCACUCCAGAGGAGAUGAGGAAGAGCUACGAGGAUGACAGCAAGCGACAAGCAGCUCUUCGUAAGCUUGUAUGGUUGUUGGGGGAGUUGAAGACAACGGUAAAGGAGAACACGAGCAAUGGGUCUGCCGUGCUUCUCUGCCUGGGAAAGGGUGAGGAGCUGGUGGUACGCCCAAUGAAGACGCACUUGCCUGCCCUUCCUGAUGCGAUUGUGCAGCGUUUCUGGAGCUUGUCCGAUCAGGACGAGAUGCACGUUCUCUUCUACACGCCCGAUCUUAAUGAUAUCAAGCCCCUUCGUCUCUCGUCUCUCGUCUCGAUAACGGUCAUGAGCAGUCCCACCACCGGCCGCCAGCGCGGUACUGCCCUCAAAGCGCCCCGGAAAACACCUAGCAACAACCCCGACGUUAAUCGCAGGGAGAAUCAGCAACGUGCGCGUGCGCCUAGCGGCGCUACCCCACGGGUGCACACCCGAAAGCGCUCGAGAUCUGGAGCGACUUCCGCCCUCGGCGACGAAGACGACGACGAUGACGACUUCGAUUUAGAGCACGACGUCAAAGUCAAAAAAGGCCGCACUACCUUCGACGAAAACGGGUACUUUAAAGAAGGCAAUAAGAGCAUGCGUUACUUUGGACCUGGGUUCACGGACCUAUACUCGCCGUCCGUAUCGCAUCAACUCAUCCAUACCGGAUUGUACAACCACAUGCCGCCCCGCGAUGUACUUCAGAGGCCUUUCCAUCCACUGCACAGUGUUGUGACCCCCUCACAAUUCGAUCUAUCCGUCUUCACUAUCCCGCUGACCGCGUUGGAGAUUCUUACGAUUCCCGAAGUACAAGCCCGUUUCGCACAGAGCGGAAUCAACCCAAGAUUCCAGGCUUGGAUCAUUAAUCGUCAGCACCUUCUCCAGGGUCUGGACUGUCUCUUCGGUAUGGACGCACGCACCUGGGUAAAGGACUGGAAGAAGAAGAAGGGGGUGACAAAGCCUGUCAAAGGAGCUGCACCGCCUGCACCGCAGCCGAUCAUCCACACGACCGGUCACUACACAUUCACACCCGGUGUCAACCGACACACGGGCUUCGACAUCGCCAAGAUACCCUACGCGCUUAUCGAUUGCGCCGAGGGUGUUCAUCCGUGCAAUUUCCCCCAAGGUCUUGACCGCGGUCCCUUCACCGAAGCCCUCUUUCAAGCGCAGUUCAUGAAUCGCUCGAAACUAAUGCUGGCUGAUCUAGAUGCGUUCAUUGCGUAUUGGCUCAUCGACCGGAAUCUUCAGGCCGGCUACAGCGAUGCGGGGUUUCUGAAGAGACAUGUGGCGUUGCAUGAGGAGUAUCGGGCUAUGGUGAGGAAGGAUGUAGAGGCUCACGGCUAUAGGUGGGAGGACUGA